AUGACUGGUUCUUGUUCUGUAUUGAUGGUGUGCUUAGGAAACAUCUGUCGAUCGCCAAUUGCUGAAGCUUUGCUCCGUCACAAAUGGAAUGUAAUUAAGAACUCAUCAUCAACGGCUGCUAAAGUCUCUGAAUUGACUGUGGACAGCUGCGGUACUGCGGGAUAUCAUAUAGGGAACCCACCAGACAUUCGAGGUCUGCUAAUUAUGAAGAAGAACGGCAUCGAGACAUCUCAUAGAUGUCGCAAACUGAGGUCUUCAGAUGCCGAUGACUUCGAUUACAUUUUCUGCAUGGACUAUUCGAAUGUGCAAAAUGUCAAGAGGGUUCUGCCUCAGUCUGCACACAGUAAAGUUCUUCUGUUGGGAAGCUUCGAUCCUCAGGGCGUAGAAGAGAUUGAAGACCCUUAUUAUGGGUCGGAAGAUGGUUUUGAUGUCUGUUUCGAACAUUGUGGACGAUGCUUGGAUGAAUUCAUCAAACAGAAAUUGUUAGCUCUGACUAGCUGAUGCUGCAUGUACCGUAGUAAACAAAAUUGAAUGUUACUACGAAACUGCUAAAAUUAGAAAUAACAGUUUAUUUUUGGAUUGACUUACUAUGUCGGUGCAAUGACAAUAUGGUUAAACUUGGUUCCGAGUGGAGAAAUUUCGGGGCUCAAACUUCGAAGUGUUGUUGUUGUAGUGGGAUAUGUUUCGUCUGAGCGACAUCUUUAGAAAGCGUUGUUUAAUUUUUGUCAUCAUU